AUGGUUGUUCAUUCCCUAGCUUCAGUUAAGUUGGCUCCAGAAUGUGGCAGUCUUUCAAGUAGACGGUCAGAGCAAGGAAUAGUGAGUAUUUCUUUAAGGCAGAGUGCCUUUGAAGAUGAGUCCAUGAAGCUUCGACAGCUGAAGCUGGAUAACCAGAGAGCACUGCUGGAGAAGAAGCAGAGGAAAAAGCGCCUCGAGCCACUCAUGGUGCAGCCAAAUCCAGAAGCCAGGCCACGUCGGUCAAAGCCAAGGGUCAGUGAGGAGCAAACUCCUCUGGUGGACCCUCAUACUCCUCACAGCGAUGUCAUCUUGCAUGGCAUUGACGGUCCGGCUGCCUUCCUGAAGCCAGAUGCUCAAGAUGUGGAAACCAAACCUCACGUCUUCUCGGUAGGCUCUUCUGCCACAGAAGAAGAUGCGGAAGGCAGUGUUGCUGGGGAAAGUGCUUUGGACUCUGUUCCCAAGCCAGACCUUCAGGAGAUUCUCCAGAAGCGUGGCAUCUCAGGUAGUUUGCACUUUGAUGAGGAAGAAACUGACGGCGAGCAAGAAGAAGGAAAAACGUUAGGAUCCCAUUCACCGUGUUCAGAAACAGAAAGGCCCAGUUCUGCAUCCAGCCAGAAAUCCAGCACGGAUGCAGGGGCUUCCGGUUCUGCAGCCCCCCAGGCUGACAGCCAGUGGGGAGAAGUGGAUGAUUUGGAGGCCUUCGCAUGCAGCCCCGCCCCUCGGGGGGUCACAGUCAGGUGCCGGAUAACCAGGGAUAAGAAGGGAAUGGAUCGAGGCCUCUUCCCAACCUACUACAUGCACUGGGAGAAAGAUGAAAACCGGAAGAUGUUUCUUCUUGCGGGUAGAAAGCGGAAGAAGAGCAAGACAUCCAACUACCUUAUCUCCACUGACCCGACAGACUUGUCUCGUGAAGGGGAAAGCUAUGUUGGCAAGCUCAGAUCCAACCUCAUGGGGACCAAGUUUACGGUUUAUGACCAUGGUGUCAGCCCAACCAAGGCCCAGGGUCUGGUGGAAAAGGCCCACAUGCGGCAGGAGCUGGCCGCCAUCUGCUAUGAGUGCUGUCUCCUCGGCCUCCCUGCCCCUGGUGUCCCACUGUGCUUCCCUGGCAUGACCAGGCCAGCUGAGGGGCUCCCUCCCAAGCUUGUUACUGUUCUUUGGCUGCUUCUUGUGCUAGAGCAUCUUGUCCGUGUGCUUUAUCUUUUCUUUUUUCACUUUCUCCGUACCUUCAAGUUUUAA